AUGAAGCUUACGAUUUCAUCAGCGUACCUUUCUCCUGCAGACACCAAGAUUACUCCAGAGAACCUCGAGAGACUCAACAACACGGACGGGCCACAGCUCAUAGGUGCUGACGUCAAUGCACACGCAUUGGCAUCGGACAACGAAGUCCCGCCUGACCCUCGAGGUGGUGUCAUCGUGCAAUGGUGCAUUGACAAUGAGUUCCUCAUUGCCAACACUGGAAAUAGGACACGGUACACCGAGAGGCACAGAGGCUCCGCGCCAGAUGUAACACUGGCCAAAGGCUGCGCAGUGACAGAUUGGGCAGCGCGACCAACCCCGGACAGCGACCACUACAUCAUCACUUAUACUGUCCAGGUGGGGGAGGAUGACACUCCGCUAGAAGUGCCGCGGAUCUACAAGACCCUGCUUACAUGGAAGAAGGCAAACUGGUCGAAGUUCCGCAAACUGACCAACUCACACUGCAGGCUCAAACGAGGCAUGAAUCGCAUAGACACCAUAGAGAAGCACAUCGCAUCUGGCAUACGGCUUGCCACAAAGGCAGCAGUGCCGGAGGGCAAUCGACGCCAGUCCCCGUUCUGGACCCCUGAGCUGGCCGACUUGGAUAAAGCAAUUGCUAGCAAGCCCCACGCCCAAUCCACUCAGCGGCUCAAGAUUCGACGCAGAGAACUUCUUCGCGCAGCUGCCACUACCCGGUGGCGUGCGCUCUGCUCAAACCUUGAGGCCUCCAACGGAAACAGCUGGCAGAUCAUAAAGCGUGUAUACGCCCCCCGCCCCCUCAGCACGCCCGCCGUCAAAGCAGAUGGGGUUGUGCUUUCACACCACCAAAAGGCCAACCACCUGGCCCGCAUGUACGCUGCAAUAGCGCGAAGGCACUCGCGAUCCUACCCCCCACCCCCAACCAAAACAAGGAUGAGGACUUCCAGCCAAUAA